AUGGCAGAGGUCGUGAGAAGAUGUAUGGACGUCAAGGUUCCUCGUCUCGGAAGCUUGACCACUUCCACAGGGGCCGAGGGGUCGCUGGCGGAAUUUCGAGCUCAUUGCACUGACCAGGGUCUCGACUGCGAUACGAUCCACUACUCGGUGCCACGACGGCCUUCAAAGGGAGGUGACAUGCCGAAGAGAGGACAAGUGACCUUCCUGGGGGACGUUGAUUGGGUGAUCAACGGCAACCCAGAUCCAGAGAAGGUGCAGCAGAUUGUUGACAUGUCCGGGAUUCGCUAUGGCUUUGAAGCCGGAACCACGGCUCCGCCCGGGGACGACGCCGCGCAUGGGGAGAUGGUGGCCUUCAACGGCAGCGGCUUUGUGAAGUCCACCCGGACGGGGAGUUCCGAGUACUACAAGACGGUCUACGGACCUUACCUGCGCUGUGAAGCCGCAGGCUUCAUCGGCCCCUCGGAUGCUCAAGCGGACUUCGUGGCCACAACGCUGCACGGGGGGAUGACCUGGACAUCGGCCUUGAACGAUAUGUUCACCAAUGUUGAGUCGCGCUGUGGUGCUGCUGGGGCCGCUUUUGGGGGAAUGGUGCAUUUUGAGAAAUUAGUAGGUGUGGCUAUUGCCCUGCCGACGAUGGCCAAGGAAAACAUCUUCGAGGCUAAGGAAAAGUACUAUCCCUUCGCCCCACAUGUGGAACACAACGUGAACUGCGUGGUGGUGGGCUUCAUCGCAGAUAUGGAGCUGGCUGAGAAGAAGGGCAUCAAGGGCUUGGAUAAGGUGCGGCUGGCGACUGCGGAAGAGAUGGCGGGGGUCCUGUACAAAGGAGCUUCGGGCUCCGCAGGGGGAGGUGCAGACAACUCCCUGUCGCUUCACACGCAUUUGGUCACCCUGCGGAGAAGCUGCGUGGCGAAGAGGGCCCAAGACGUACGACCCCAGGAUGUCAAGGAGGUGUACCACUUGGACUCCUCCAGUAUCGUGGGCAGCUUUACCCUGGAGGCCUGGUUCAUUGACAAGUCCAUGGAGGAACAUGAGACGUUGCCACCCUCCAGCCUGCCUCGCGCGAUGCCAUCACCGGCACCAGCCAAGUGCAACUGUUCCGAAUGGGUGGUCAACGCUUUGGCAGACGCAGGUGUCACGCACAUCUUCGGCGGACACGGAGGAGCCCUGGUACCCAUGGUGAAUGCCAUUUGCAAAAACCCUCGAGUGAAAUGGAUCUAUACACGAAAUGAGGCGAAUGCUUCGUUGAUGGCAGCAGCUUAUGCCAAGUUGACCGGACGCCUGGCGGUCUGUGUGGCCACCUCUGGCCCUGGAGCAUCGAAUCUCACCACCGGUCUAUUGGAUGCGCUCCAGGACCAGUGCUCAAUGGUAGCCAUCACAGGGCUGAAGCCUCGCGCGGGGAUCGGAUACAGUGAGUUCCAAGACCUACAGCAGAGCCGCAUGUUCGCCGCAGGAGGUCUGCCAACAAGUUUGGAUGUGCACUCCGCAGAUGCCUUGAUCCCUUUGCUUCGCGACGGCGUCGCAAAGGCGUUAACCUUAAGGACCUGUAUCCAUUUGGGCGUCCCGGUGGACGUUCAGGCGGCUGAGAGCCCGGUGCCCCUGAAGCCUUUCUGCGCCGCGGAUGUGCGGGACGACGUGGAGUUGGCCACAUCCCAUUCCCAUACCUUGAAGAACGUGGCCAACGAGCUGCGCGCCGCCUGCGAACGCGGCAGCGGCCGCGUGGUCAUCGCCCUGGGGCACCGCGCCGUGGGCUGCGGGGAGGAGAUCCUGCAGCUGGCGGAGCGCGUUGGAGCGCCGGUGCUCACGCGCUUGGAUGCGAAGGGCGUCGUGGACGAGUCACAUCCCUUGGUCUUUGGCGUUGUCGGAGUACAUGGAAAAUCAGGCUUGGAAAAAGCCACCCAAGUGAUCGAAAGUGCCCAGCUCAUUAUCUCCAUCGGCAGCCAUGAUGACACACUGCUGCUGUGCAACCGGGCAGGUCUACAGAUUCGCCCCAUGAUCAAGUUUGAGCCGGACGCCAUGUGCCUUCAGAUCAACGCCCGGUACAGGGCCCUCUACGACGUGGUGGGCAACAUCAAAUACAUGCUCUCGCGGUUGUUGGAAGAGCUGGCACCCAAAUCUGGUACGUCACCUGGAGCGAAGGAUUCCAUGCAGAUUUCGUUGAUGGAAUCCUGGUCCAGAGAACUGGCCUACAGUGGCAUGGACGUUUCGGCGCCACCUGAUGCUGCGACCUUACAUUUGGCCACACCAAACGCGCAGGCAGCCAGGUUGGAAAUGUCUGAAGAAAGCAAGCAACUCUGGAAGAGCAUCCGGGAAGGAAAAUGGCGUGCAGCACAGAACCGCGAAAGUGGCGGCCGCUUUCUAUGCACGAGCAAUGUGAGUAGCUCCUUUUGCCAUCCAGCCACCGUGAUGGAGGAGAUGUCCAGUCGAAUGGGCGCCAAUGACGUGCUUUGCGUGGAUGUGGGUGAUGUGACCUUGUGGGCAAGUUUGUCUGCGUCGCUGACCAAGGGCCAAAGGACGUUAUCCUCCGAACGUUUGGGCACCAUGGGCUAUGGCCUCUGUGCUGGCAUCGUCGCCAGCCUGGUGCGUGGCCGGACGGGGCGAGCCCUGGUGGUCACUGGGGAUGGUGGAAUUCAGUGCCUCGGCGAACAUGGCACCACCGGCCUGGGAAACUACCAGAAAAUCAUGGGAAAAUCAUGGAAAAUCAUGGGAAAAUCAUGGAAAAAUCAUGGAAAAUCAUGGAACAUCCACCAUUUUUCAUGGAAUCACCCAUUUACAGGAACCGACUGGCAGUUAGAAUGUGGAUUUUUUGUAAAAUAG